GUCUGGAAAAAAGUUUGUGGUUUAGCGGUGCUUGAUUUCACUGAAAGGCACAACAGUUUGUGUGUGUUUUACUCGUUUUACGGAUAGAAUCUUGGUUACCGAAUAAUAUUACAGAGUACUAUUCAAAAUGCCUCGGAUAAUGAUCAAAGGUGGUGUUUGGCGGAACACGGAGGAUGAAAUCCUCAAAGCCGCCGUCAUGAAGUACGGCAAAAAUCAAUGGUCCCGUAUUGCAUCGCUGCUGCACCGUAAGUCGGCCAAACAGUGUAAAGCCCGCUGGUACGAGUGGCUCGAUCCAAGCAUCAAAAAGACGGAAUGGUCUCGGGAAGAGGACGAAAAAUUGCUGCAUCUAGCCAAACUGAUGCCUACGCAAUGGCGCACGAUUGCUCCGAUCAUUGGCCGUACGGCUGCCCAAUGUCUCGAGCGAUACGAGUAUCUGCUGGAUCAAGCGCAACGGAAAGAAGAGGGCGAAGAUGGGAUGGAUGAUCCGCGCAAGCUGAAACCCGGUGAGAUCGAUCCAAAUCCAGAAACGAAACCGGCCCGUCCGGAUCCGAAAGACAUGGAUGAGGACGAGCUGGAGAUGCUGUCGGAGGCACGCGCACGUUUGGCCAAUACCCAGGGUAAGAAGGCAAAGCGUAAGGCGCGUGAGAAGCAGCUCGAAGAAGCUCGCCGACUAGCGGCACUGCAGAAACGGCGCGAACUUCGAGCGGCCGGCAUCGGUGUGGGCAAUAGGAAGCGCAAGCUGAAGGGUAUUGAUUACAAUUCGGAAAUACCAUUCGAGAAAGCACCAGCACCCGGAUUUUACGACACAACGGACGAGUUUGUGGUGCCGAUAGCGGCAGAUUUUUCUAGCCUUCGUCAGCAAACGCUAGACGGAGAGUUGCGUGUAGAGAAGGAAGCGCGUGAACGGAAGAAGGAUAAGGAAAAGUUGAAACAGCGCAAGGAAAACGAUAUUCCAACAGCGUUGCUACAGAAUCAGGAGCCGGCCAAGAAACGAUCAAAGCUGGUGCUUCCAGAACCGCAAAUUUCCGACCAAGAAUUGCAGCAAGUCGUCAAGCUGGGUCGUGCGAGUGAAAUUGCUAAGGAGGUAGCAUCGGAAAGUGGGGUCGAAACGACGGAUGCAUUGUUGGCGGAUUAUAGCAUCACGCCGCAGGUAGCCGCCACUCCGCGUACUCCUGCCCCUGUUACGGAUCGCAUUUUACAAGAAGCUCAAAAUAUGAUGGCACUCACGCACGUAGAGACCCCGCUAAAGGGUGGCGUUAACACACCCCUUCAUCAGUCCGAUUUUUCCGGUGUGUUGCCGCAAAGCCAAGCCGUAGCUACGCCCAAUACCGUGCUGGCGACUCCGUUCCGUUCGAUUCGUGGUGGACCAGAGGGAAGCGCAACACCGGGCGGAUUUUUGACACCAGCCUCGGGUGCGAUGGUUCCCGUAGGUUCGGGCACACAGUCACACGUGCCCGGUGCGACACCAAACUUUCUGCGUGAUAAGCUUAACAUUAACACGGAAGACAACAUGAGUGUAGCCGAAACACCAGCUGCCUAUAAAUCCUACCAGAAACAGCUGAAAUCGUCCCUGAAGGAAGGUUUAGCUUCUCUUCCGACGCCGAGAAACGAUUACGAAAUUGUGGUGCCCGAUAACGAAACGGACGAAGCUGCCGACGACGGUUCGAUGGAUGUGGACCAAAUGGUACCGGACCAGGCGGACGUAGAUGAGAAGCGAAAACGCAACAAGCUUGCCCAGGAAGCGAAAGAAUUGUCCCUUCGCUCGCAGGUUAUUCAGCGAGAUUUGCCACGUCCGCUAGAAAUCAAUACCACCGUGCUGCGUCCGGAAAACGAAAUGCACGGCUUGUCAGAUCUUCAGAAGGCUGAAGAACUGGUCAAGCAAGAGAUGGUCAAAAUGCUCAACUACGAUGCACUGCGCAAUCCUAUCCAGCAGCAGCAGCAGCAGGCUGCCUCAAUGAAGCGUCCCGCGAUGAGCCAAUAUCAGUCGUACCUGGAGCAACACCCAUAUGAAAGUAUCGACGAAACGGACCUAGCCGAGGCGCGCGAAAUGCUGACAGCAGAAAUGGGAAUCGUCAAACAGGGUAUGGCCCACGGAGACCUGUCCUUGGAGAGCUACACACAGGUGUGGCAAGAGUGUUUGUCGCAGGUGCUUUACCUGCCGAGCCAGAACCGGUACACGCGUGCCAAUUUGGCCAGCAAAAAGGAUCGCAUAGAGUCCGCCGAAAAGCGGCUCGAAAUCAACCGCAAGCAUAUGGCAAAGGAAGCGAAACGUUGUGGUAAGAUUGAGAAAAAGUUAAAAAUUCUCACCGCUGGUUAUCAAGCACGCGCACAGGCACUGAUCAAACAGUUUCAGGACACAAACGAACAGAUCGAGCAAAAUGCGUUGGCACUAUCGACGUUCAAGUUUUUGGCUGCACAGGAAGAGCUGGCCAUACCGAAGCGUUUGGAAUCGUUAACGGAGGAUGUGAUGCGACAAACGGAGCGUGAAAAAUCGCUCCAAACGCGCUAUGCUCAGUUGUCGGAAGAGCUGGAAGAUUUAAACCGUCUGCUGGAAGAGGCACGUGUCAAUGGCGUUGAGUAUGGUAAGGGAAAUGAUCAAGCGCCACGUGUAAAUGGACGGCACGAGGAAUUAGAUGAAGAACCAACGGAUGAAAAUAGCUUGGGGGCGAGUGAAGGAGAAAACUCCCGAAACGAAAGUCCUGAGAAGGUCGUGGUGCCGGAAGAGCCAGCCAAUCCAACUGCAGAACUAGAACAGCCUGAUAAGGAAGAGAAUGAAUCCACACAAAACUCCGAAACGCAAGAACAGUCCGACAGCCAAGAGGAAAGUGUCCAAAGACGGGACAGUGAGGAAGAUGCUGACAAUGGUUCUGAGUAUCCUUCUACUAAUAACCAUCAGGAAGAGGAAGACGAACAAAUGGAGGAAGAUGUUGUGGGUUCUAGUGACGGAUAA